UGACACAGGGCAAAUUUCCAGGGAGAUCACGUGACUCUUGUGUUGACGAUUGUCUCAUCUGCACAAUGAAUAGGGGCUCUGCCGGCGCUUGGUGCAAUGUCAUUAUCCAUAACUGAAAUUUAAAGACCAAAACCUUUGUUGGGCAUCGUCUGCGUACGAGGACAGCACCCCGAAGCUAUAUUCAGAUGUUUUAAGUAAGAUAAAUUCGAAUGCUAAGCAGCGCUAAUAUAAAAAGGGAUUUUUUCAACGCCGACUGGAAAAGACAUCCCAUGAAGUUCAAUAGACUGACGGCACAUCCGUAAGGUUCUGUGAGAUUGGCUGGCUUCACGCACUGUUUGCAGGAUGACCGUGGUGCGGCAGUUCGGCCUGCUGCUAUGGAAGAACUACAUUCAGCAGAAGCGGCAGAUCCUCGUGACCCUGGUGGAGAUCGCCCUCCCCCUGCUCUUCUCCGCCAUCCUCAUCGUGCUGCGCCAGAAGAUCCCCUUCAUCAACUACCCCAACACCACCGUCUACCACAGCUUCUCUGUGGACGUCCGCCCCCCCCACCUCCUCCCUGGCCACUUCCAGCUGGCGUACGUGCCCAGCAAUGCCAGCGUGGUGCGCCAGGUGGCCAAGGACGUGCAGCGCAGCCUGGGCGCCUGGGUCAUCAGCUCGGUCCGCGGCUUCGAGACGGAGCAGGAGUUUGAGGACUUUGUGCGGAGGGACCCGCAGUCUGGAGCGGUCCUGGCUGCCGUGGUGUUCGACCACACCUUCACCCGCAGCGACGAGGCGCUUCCUCUGCAGGUGAAGUACCACCUGCGGCUCAAGUACAGCCCGCGCAAUGCCCCUGCCAAGGAGAAGACCGAGCUGAACCCCAACAACGACCUGGACUGGCACACGCUCAGCCUGUUCCCCCUGUUCCAGCUGCCGGGUCCUCGGGAGCAGCACAGCCCGCAGGGGGGCACCCCGGGGUACUUUCGGGAGGGGUUCCUGAUGGUGCAGCACGCGGUGGACGCCGCCAUCAUGCGGGCAUUCAACCGCACGGCUGCCUCGGCGCUGCUGGGCCGCACCCGCGUGGUGCUGUCCCGCUUCCCCUACCCGCCCUUCAUCUACGACCUCUUCAUCCUCGCCAUCCAGAACCAGCUGCCCCUGCUGCUGGUGCUCAGCUUCACCUACACCUCCCUGAACAUCGUGCGUGCCGUCGUGCAGGAGAAGGAGCGCAAGCUGAAGGAGUACAUGCGCAUGAUGGGACUCAGUAAUUGGCUGCACUGGAGUGCCUGGUUCCUCAUGUUCUUCCUCUUCCUCUCCAUCUCCAUCUUCUUCGUCACACUGCUCUUCUGCAUCAAGGUGAGCCCCAGUGGAGCGGUGUUGACCUACAGUGAUCCCACCCUGGUGUUUGUGUUCCUGCUUAGCUUCGCUGUUUCCACCAUCAACUUCAGCUUCAUGAUCAGUGCUUUCUUCUCUCGAGCCAACGUGGCGGCAGCGGCGGGCGGCUUCAUCUACUUCCUGAGCUACAUCCCGUACGUCUUCCUGUGGCCGCACUACGACCUGCUGUCCCACGCGCAGAAGGUGUCCGCCUGCCUCAUCUCCAACGUCGCCAUGGCGAUGGGCGCCCAACUGGUGGGCAUGUUCGAGGGCAAAGGAGCCGGGAUUCAGUGGCAUAACCUGUUUGAGCCGGUCACGGUGGACGAUGACUUCUCGCUGGGUCAGGUGAUCGGGCUGCUGCUGCUGGAUGCUGUCCUGUACGGCCUGGUGGCCUGGUACAUGGAGGCGGUGUUCCCCGGCGAAUACGGCGUCCCGCUGCCCUGGUACUUCUUCCUGCUGCCCUCCUACUGGUGCGGGACCCCCCGUGUGACCCUGGUGAAGGAGAAGGAGGAGGAAGAAGACGCCGAGAAGGCGUUGAAGGGGGAGUUCAUCGAGGAGGAGCCGGCAGGGCUGGUGUCGGGGGUCAAGAUCAAACACCUGGCCAAGAUGUUCAAAGUGGGCAACAAGACCAGGGUGGCGGUGCGCGACCUGACCAUGAACAUGUUUGAGGGCCAGAUCACUGUGCUGCUGGGACACAACGGAGCUGGGAAGACCACCACCCUGUCCAUGCUGACCGGCCUGUAUCCGCCCAGCAGUGGCCGCGCCUAUAUCAACGGCUACGACAUGGCGCAGGACAUGGCGCACGUGCGCCGCAGCCUGGGCCUGUGUCCGCAGCACGACGUGCUCUUCGACAACCUGACCGUCGCGGAGCACCUCCUGUUCUACUCUCAGCUGAAGGGGUACCCCCGUGAGAAGAUCCCGGCGGAGGUCGAUCGCAUCCUGCUCAUGCUGAACCUGCAGGACAAGCGCCACGCCCGCUCCAAGACCCUGUCCGGCGGGAUGAAGCGCAAGCUGUCCAUCGGCAUCGCCCUCAUCGGGGACUCCAAGGUGGUGAUGCUGGACGAGCCCACGUCGGGCAUGGACCCCUCUGCCCGCCGCGCCACCUGGGACCUGCUGCAGGGGCAGAAGCGCGGGCGCACCGUCCUGCUCACCACGCACUUCAUGGACGAGGCCGACCUGCUGGGGGACCGCAUCGCCAUCAUGGCCGGCGGGGAGCUGCAGUGCUGCGGCUCGCCCCUCUUCCUCAAGAGGAAAUACGGUGCUGGGUACCACAUGGUGAUUGUGAAGGACGCGCUCUGCAACGUGUCGGAGAUCACGCGGCUGGUCCACAUGUACGUGCCCAACGCAACACUGGAGAGCAGCGCUGGGGCAGAGCUGUCUUACAUCCUGCCCAAGGAGAGCACCAACAGGUUUGAGCUGCUGUUUGCAGAGCUGGAGAUGAACAGAGAGGAGCUGGGGAUUGCCAGCUAUGGAGCCUCCAUCACCACUAUGGAGGAAGUGUUUCUCAGGGUGGGGAAGCUGGUGGACUCCAGCCUGGAUAUCCAAGCCAUCCAGCUGCCGGCGCUGCAGUACCAGCACGAGCGCAGGUCACAUGACUGGAGCGUGGACGACGCCAGCAGCAUCAGCGGAAUGACCGACGUGACGGACUUCACCGACAGCGGGACGCUCAUCUCCGAGGACUGCUCCAACAUCAAGCUCAACACGGGGGCCAGGCUGUACAUGCAGCAGUUCUACGCCAUGUUCCUGAAGAGGGCGCUGUACAGCUGGCGGAACUGGAAGGUGAUGGUGGCGCAGUUCCUGGUGCCGCUCAUCUUCACCGUCCUGGCGCUGGUGGUGGCGCGGAGCCUGCCCGGACACCGCGACCUGCCCCAGCUGCCCCUGGACCUGAGCCGCUACGGCCUCACCACCGUCCCCGUGGCCCUGGAGCCCGGGGCCGGGCCCCUGGCCGCCGGCCUCGCCGCCAGCUACGCCUCGCAGCUGUCCGCUCAGGGGGCCUUGUCCAAGAACAUCAGCGACCUCCCUCAGUACGUUCUCGACAUGUCUGAAAAAGAGGGCGGAGCCUUCAACGAGCGCUGCGUGGUGGGCGCGGCCUUCAGGGGCCGCUCGCGGUCCUUCGCCGAGGCCACCGCCUACUUCAACAACCAGGGCUACCACACCCCCGCCACUGCCCUACUCCUGCUCGACAACGCCCUCUACAGGAUGCUGGCGGGACCCAAUGCCUCCAUCCAGGCUGGGAACGCCCCCAUGCCCCGCAACGUCUCAGAGACCGCCCGGAGCCAGCUCACUGAGGGCCAGACCGGCUUCGCCAUCGCCAUAAACCUGAUGUACGGCAUGGCGUCCCUCUCCAGCACCUUCGCCCUGCUGCUGGUCGCCGAGCGCUCGCUCAAGUCCAAGCACGUCCAGCAGGUCAGCGGCGUCUACCUCUCCAACUUCUGGUUCUCCGCCCUCCUCUGGGACCUGGUCAACUUCCUGCUGCCCUGCGUGCUCAUGCUGGUGGUGUUCAGGGCCUUUGGGGUCCGGGCCUUCACAGAGCAGGGCCACCUGGUGGACGUGCUGCUGUUUCUGCUGCUGUACGGCUGGGCCGUGGUGCCGCUCAUGUACCUGCUGAGCUUCCUGUUCUCCAGCGCCGCCACCGCCUACACCCGCCUGACCGUCUUCAACAUCAUCAGCGGCACCGCCACCUUCCUCGCCGUCACCAUCAUGAGCAUCCCCGAAUUAAACCUGCAGCACCUGGCCUACGUGCUGGACAAGGUCUUCCUGCUGUUCCCCAACUACUGCCUGGGAAUGUCCUUCAGCCAGUUCUACCAGAACUACGAGAUGAUCACCUUCUGCACCUCCAGCGUUCUCGCCCAGUUCAUCUGCACGGAAAUGAACAUCACGUAUCAGGAGCACUACUUCUCCAUGUCCGAGCCCGGCGUGGGGCGCCUCCUGGUGGCCAUGGCGCUGCAGGGCUUCGUCUUCAUCACGCUGCUCUUCGUCAUCGAGAUGCAGUGCUUCCGCACCUUAUGCCGGCAAAUCAGCUCCCUCUUCAGGAGGAAGAAGACGGUGCUGCUGGUUGGAAACACAGCCUUGCUGCCGGAGGACAGGGACGUAGCGGAGGAGAGGAAGAGGGUGCUGGAUUGUCAUCCGAUGAUGGAGUCCAUGGUGGGGAGUCCCCUCAUCCUGCAGGAGCUCAGCAAGGUGUACUGCAGCGGGCAGGCCCUGCUGGCGGUGGACAGGCUGUCCCUGGCCGUGGGGAAGGGCGAGUGCUUCGGCCUGCUGGGCUUCAACGGAGCCGGGAAGACCACCACCUUCAAGAUGCUGACGGGGGACGAGACGGUGACCGCCGGGGACGCCUACAUCGACGGCUACAGCAUACUGAGAGACAUCAAGAAGGUGCAGCAGCGGAUUGGUUACUGCCCACAGUUUGACGCCCUGCUGGAUCACAUGACGGGCCGGGAGACGCUGAACAUGUACGCCCGGCUGAGGGGGAUCCCGGAGAGAUACGUGAGCGGCUGCGUGGAGAACGUGCUGCGGUCCCUCCUGCUGGAGCCCCACGCCGACAAGCUGGUCCGAGGAUACAGCGGGGGGAAUAAGAGGAAGCUGAGCGCCGGCAUAGCCUUGAUUGGCGGGCCCCCCGUCAUCUUCCUGGACGAGCCGUCCACGGGCAUGGACCCGGUGGCCCGCCGGCUGCUGUGGGACGCAGUGACCCGCACCCGCGAGUCCGGCAAGGCCAUCAUCAUCACCUCACACAGCAUGGAGGAGUGCGAGGCGUUGUGCACGCGGCUGGCGGUCAUGGUGAACGGGCAGUUUAAGUGCCUGGGCAGCCCGCAGCACCUGAAGAGCACGUUCGGCAGCGGCUACACGCUGCUGGCCAAGGUCCAGGCCGAGCUGGAGGAGAUCGGCGUGCAGCUCUUCAAGGACUUCAUCGAGAGCACCUUCCCAGGAAGUGUGCUAAAGGAUGAACACCAGGGCAUGGUGCACUACCACCUUACGGACAAGACGCUUACCUGGGCACAGGUGUUUGGGACCAUGGAGGCUGCUAAAGAGAAGUAUGGCAUCGAGGAUUACUGCGUGAGCCAGAUCUCCCUGGAGCAGGUGUUCCUGAGCUUCGCCCAGUUCCAGCACUGCGCCGAGGCCGGCAGGAAGUAGAGCGGCCGGCCGGCUCUAGAGUGGCCUGCGUCUGUCGCCCCCUGGCUGCAUAUGGCUGCAUGUGCGGACUCUCUUCUGCAGAGCAGCAAGCAGCUAGGCCUCUCCCUCAGGUCUCCCCACACACACACACACACAUGCCCGCCCGCACACACACACACACACACACACACGUGCCC